CUCUCAGGCGGCUGGCAGGACCAGAUCACCUACCCCCACCACGCCCGCAACCUGCGGCUCUUCGCCCAGAUGCUGCGGCGGAACGGCUUCCGGCAGGAGCACAUCAAGGCCUUCUUCGCGGGCGAUGGCCAGGCGCCAGUGGCCGCGGAGGUGGGCGACGUGUAUCCAGCCACGGAGAAGCUGCUGAUCCGCACCCACCUGGCGCUGGUGUGCCGCACGCGGCACUGUGCCGACUCGCUGGUGCUUUACCUGAACAGCCCCACCCGGAGCGACGGCACCAUGCUGCUCUGGGACACCAACAAGAACGGCAUCGCCGACCCCAAGGAGCGCUACCCUGUGGCCGAGCUCCUGGCCGACCUGGAGGGCUGCAGCGCCCGCAGGGUCUUCCUCUUCCUCGACCAGAGCUACCCGGGCCCGCUGGCCAAGAAGCUGCUGGCGUCCGGGCGGCACGGGAACGUGGUGCUGGUGAGCGGCCAGCGGGGCUCUGACUUCGCCCGGGGCUCGGCCUUCAGCGAGUUCUGGGCUCGGCUGCAGCCCGACCAGUGCCUGCUGCAGCACCUCCUGCAGGCGGGCCCGCGGGCAGCCGGCUCCUCUCCAGGGGCCACGCUGCAGCUGCUCAACGUGACCCUGGCCGGGGCGCCCUGCCACAGCACCCCAGCGCUGACGGAGGACGAGCGCCGGAGGGAGUUCCUGGGCUGCCAGAACCUGCCCACCAUGCUCUGGUACCAGGCCGCGCACACGCAGCAGCAGCAGGACGACGACUGAAGCCAGGUCCCCUCCCUGGGUCCUGCUCCCUACUGAGCCCCCCACGCCCGCCCAGAGCCAGCCACAGGGGCCGUGCCCCCUCCCAGGCAUCAGCCACAGCCUCCCGCAGCGCCAGGCCCAGCUGGGCUGAGCAGCCAGGGGCGGGGGCGGGAGGGCAG